AUGGAGGCCCUGCGGAACCCCAUGCCCCUGGGCAGCUCUGAGGAGGCCCUCGGGGACCUGGCCUGCAGCUCCCUGGCUGGAGCCAGCAGAGACCUGGGGACUGGGGCAGCAGCCAGUGGGACUCAGGAGGAAAUCUCCGGCCCCUGGGGAGACCCCCAACAGACCCCAAGUCUAGAGAAGAAGAGGCACACGCCCAGCCGGGCAGGUCCAGGAGCCACGGGGCGGACCCUUCCCAGGAGGUCUCGGUCCCGGGAAAGGGCGCCCAGAAGCUCCGGAGGGGCCCAGGUUGCAGCCUGCCACACCUCACACCACUCAGCUGGCGCCAGGCCUGGGGGCCACCUAGGAGGACAAGCUGUGGGGACCCCAAACUGUGUCCCAGUAGAGGGUCCCGGCUGCAUCAAAGAGGAAGACGUUCUUGCGUCCUCAGCCUGUGUCAGCACAGACGGCGGCAGCCUCCAUUGCCACAACCCCAGCGGGCUUUCCGAUGCGCCUGCUCAGCAGCCACGCCCUGAGCGAGAAGGGUGGCCGCCAGGCACAGGGGACUUCCCCAGCCAGGUGCCCAAGCGGGUGCUGGAUGUCAACCAGGAGCUGCUGCAGUCCGGGGUCAUCACCCUCCCAGGGACCCGAGACCGUCAGGGCAGAGCGGUGGUGCAGGUCCGCACCAGGAGCCCACUCUGGACCAGGGAACACUCGUCCUGUGCCAAGCUGACCCGACUGCUGCUGUACUUCCAUAGCAUCCCCAGGAAGGAGGUCCGGGACCUGGGGCUGGUCAUCCUGGUGGACGCACGCAGGAGUCCAGCCGCCCCUGCUGUCUCCCAGGCCCUCGCGGGAUUGCAGAACAACACAUCUCCUAUAAUUCAUAGUAUCUUGCUGUUGAUAGAUAAAGAAUCUGCAUUUAGGCCUGACAAGGAUGCAAUAAUUCAGUGUGAGGUCGUGAGCUCCCUGAAGGCCCUGCACAAAUUUGUCGACAGCUGCCAGCUGACCACAGACCUCGAUGGCUCCUUUCCCUACAGCCAUGGUGACUGGAUCUGCUUCCGUCAGAGGCUGGAACACUUCGCUGGAAACUGCGAAGAAGCCAUCAUUUUCCUACAGAAUUCAUUCUGCUCCCUGAACAUCCACAGAACCCCAGGUACAGCCCAGGAAGUUGCCGAGUUAAUUGACCAGCAUGAGACGAUGAUGAAGCUUGUCCUGGAAAACCCACUGCUCGUGUCCCUCAGGCUGGAGGGGGGCACCGUCCUGGCACGGCUGAGGAGAGAAGAACUCAGCACAGAAGAUGGCCGGGACACCCUGGAGGCUGCCACCAGCCUGUACGACCGAGUGGAUGAGGAGGUGCACAGGCUAGUCCUUGCCUCGAACAAUCGUCUCCAGCAGCUGGAGCGCCUCCGGGAGCUGGCAUCACUCCAGGACAGGAAUGACCAGCAAUCCUGCCAGAAAGGACUGCAGCUGGUGAAGGAGAACCCGCAUCAUACAGAGGAAAUGGUCCAGGAUUUCAGAAGGGGCCUGAGUGCUGUGGUCAGCCAGGCUGAGUACAGGAAGGGAGAGCCGGCCAGGUGGACCCGCCCAUCCGAGUUGUGCGAGACGGCGAGCAGCUGGCUGGGGCCCCUGGACCCGGAGGCUUAUCCCUCCUCACCCGUGGCUGAGUGUUUGAGGAGCUGUCACCAGGAGGUUACCUCGGUGGCUGCAGAGGCGUGGGCAUCGCAGCAAGACCUGUGGCUGCAGUGCCCUCAGACCCGGCUCCAUCUGGAAGAGGCCCUUUCUGAGGCCGCCCCAGGCCCCAGCUCACCGCCCCUUGCCCAGAGCCCCCCAAAGCGUGAGUGUGCUCAGGAGGCCAUGAGGAGGCCUCGUAAGCCAGCCUCAGUUCCCAGCACGGACACUGAGGAUGGUGCCUGGGAACCCAGCCUCCCUGGACGAGCGCUUCUGUGUGGACAGGACGGGGAGCCCCUGGGCCCAGGGCUGUGUGCUCCGUGGGACCCAGUGUCCCCCCUCAGGGGCCUUUCAGGAGCAGCGGCCACCACGGCCCACCCGCAGGACAGCUCUGCCUGCUCCUCUGAGCCCACCCAGACCCCGGCCAGCCACCCCAGGAAACAUCCCCAGAAGAAAAUGGUAAAGAAAAUGCAAAGUUUCGAGAUACCUCAGCCCGACAGUGGCCCCAGGGACUCCUGCCAGCCAGGCCAUACCGGUGUCUUCAGCAAGGGCCUGGAGGUAACCAGCAUUGUGGCCACAGAGAAGAAGUUCCUGCUGCAGCCGCAGGCCAGGAGCCCCCUGGUCACUCGGAGCCAGAGUCUGUCCUCUCCCUCGGGGCUCCACCCUGCUGAGGAAGACGGGAAGCGGCAGGUGGGCAGCAGCCGACUGAGGCACAUCAUGGCCGAGAUGAUCGCCACGGAGAGGGAGUACGUCCGGUGCUUAGGAUACGUCAUCAAUAACUAUUUUCCGGAAAUGGAGAGAAUGGACCUGCCCCAGGGCCUUCGAGGGAAGCACCACGUUAUUUUUGGCAACUUGGAGAAGCUCCACGACUUCCACCAGCAGCACUUCCUCCGGGAGCUGGAGCGCUGUCGGCACUGCCCCUUGGCCGUGGGCCGCAGUUUCCUGAGACACGAAGAGCAGUUUGGGAUGUACGUGGUCUACAGCAAGAACAAGCCACAGUCGGACGCCCUGCUCAGCAGCCACGGCAACGCCUUCUUCAAGGACAAGCAGCGGGAGCUAGGUGACAAGAUGGACCUGGCCUCCUACCUGCUGCGGCCCGUGCAGCGUGUGGCCAAGUACGCGCUGCUGCUCCAGGACCUGCUCAAGGAGGCCAGCCGCGGCCCGGUCCAGGGGCAGGAGCUGGGCGAGCUCCGAGCCGCCGAGGUCGUGGUCUGCUUCCAGCUGCGCCACGGCAAUGACCUGCUGGCCAUGGACGCCAUCCGCGGCUGUGACGUGAAUUUGAAGGAACAGGGGCAGCUGAAAUGCCGAGAUGAGUUUAUCGUUUGCUGCGGGAGGAAGAAGUAUCUGAGGCACGUGUUCCUCUUUGAAGACCUCAUCCUGUUCAGCAAGACCCAGAAGGUGGAGGGCGGCCACGAUGUCUACCUGUACAAGCAGUCCUUCAAGAUGGCCGAGAUCGGGAUGACAGAGAACGUCGGGGACAGUGGCUCGAGGUUUGAGAUUUGGUUUCGCAGGCGGCGGAAAUCUCAGGACACCUACAUUCUCCAAGCAAGCUCGGCAGAGGUCAAGUGUGCGUGGACCGAUGUCAUAGGGAGGAUCCUGUGGAGGCAGGCGCUGAAGAGCAGAGAACUCAGAAUCCAAGAAAUGGCAUCCAUGGGGAUAGGCAACCAGCCAUUCAUGGACGUCACGCCCAGCGAUCAGGCCCCCAAAUGUACAGUGAUAAGCGACCGGGCCCGCAACAACAUCAUCAAGGGCACAGAGUCACAAAUGAGAGGGCCUACCGCGGUGUCCUCCUCUGACCAUGCCACCCCCUUCAAGCGACCACACUCCACCAUCUCGGACAGCAGCACCUCCUCUUCCAGCAGCCGGUCCUCCUCCAUCCUGGGGUCGCUGGGCCUGCUUGUGUCCUCCAGCCCAGCCCACAGCCCCUGGUCGUCUGACAUCAGAGCCUGCAUCAAGGAAGACGAGCCGGAGACUGGGCACCCAGGCUGCAGUGCGUGAGGGCGCUCCUGCUGUGUUGUGAGCCACGCAUGCCAGGCCUGACCACUGUGGGGGUGGCGAU